AUGUCCACACAAACAGAUAUAUUAAUCACAUACCAGCUAACCUCAAAUAGUAUUGAAUCUUUAAAAUCAGUUGAUGAAUCAGAAUAUUGGAAACGAAAACUCAUUGAAUUGUUAUUAACAAGAUCAAUACACAUUUUCCCCAAUGAUGAAAACUCGACACAAAUAGUUUACGAUCAAAUCUCAAACAAUAGAAUCUCUAUUUUUGGACAAAAAGACCACCCUGGUAAACGAGGUAUCCUUUCUAAAAGCUAUACUAUUUCAGGAUCAGUAUUGUUAACAAUUAAUCCAUUGGCGGCUUAUUAUCAUGAUCGUGCAAAACAACCAGAAUUUAUUGUAAAAUUUGAAAAAGUUCUACAACCCUACAUCACAACUUAUACAAAGACAUUAAAUCAAUAUGAAAAAGGAUUAACAUACCUUAUUAUUAGGGUGUUUCUUGCAUACUUGUAUGAUGAUGAAUUUCAUAAGAAAAUCCCCAAUUUGUGUACUCAUCAAAAAGAAAUCAGAUUCGAUAUAGGCAAACGCCAUUUUUCCGAUAAACUCAAGUUGGGUAUUGUUUCCAGUAUUAAAGACUUCUUGAUAGGUCAUGAAAUUGGACUUACUUUGUUCAAAAAAAACCUCAUCAAAGUAUCAAAAAAGAACUGGAAAUUUAUUGAUGAUUUGGUUGCAAUAGUGUUUAUAAACUACUUCACUUUAUUCAAUUAUCAACGACAAGAACUAGGUAUUGCCCUAGACCCAGACUUUGCCUUGAUAAAUCAUAGUUGUAUUCCAAAUUGUUGUCAAAUUACCAACGAUUGCAAUGAAUUUCAAAUUGUCAGUACAUUACCAAUAAAUAACGGAGAAGAAUUAACUGUCACAUAUGUCUCAUUGGGAAUGCCACGAGAAAUUAGACAGUUUGAAUUAUUUUCCCAAUUUUACUUCCGAUGUCUGUGUAGUCUAUGUGUGCUUGACUAUGAUCCAUUUUUCUGUAUUCAAUGCAAUAAAUGUGGCAAUAAAGUGAAAUCCCCAUCUUUCAAACUAAUUUUAACAUCACCAAAUUUGAUUAUGAGGCAACAUUUGUGUACCAUAUGUUUGAAUAAUUUGAAUCAAUCAAUCUACCCCAAAAAUAUCAAAAUAAGGAAUUUUUUUAUGUCUUUGGUAAUAUUUUCUAGUAAUGGUCUAUCAUUCAACGAUCAAGAUUAUUACCGGUAUUUGAGUAAAGAAUUUGUCAGUUAUAUUGAAAGAUUCACGCUGCAGGAAUUAAUUAGAAUGCUAGUAGAUGGUAUACACCAAUUUGAAAUCCCAGAAAUACGCACGAACCUUGUUAAGGAGCUAAUGGAUGUCGUGAUUCAAGACAAGGCUUUCCCCAUGUAUUCUUUCCCUUUUAGUAUUAUUAUUCGGGAACUAGACUUGGCUGAUAGUGGUAGGCGUAUCAAAUCACUGAAAGACGCAAUUGAUAGAUUAAGAAUCAAACAACAGAGGCUUUUUGGUGUGGAUAUUCCUUCAGACUUGUCAUCAAUGCUAGCAUUUGAUAAUUGCUUGUUUCUAGAUAUGGCAGAUCUUCUAUUUGACAUUAUAAGGUUUAUCAUCAACUCAGAUCUUAAUCCUCAAACUGAUUCAAUCUUAGGUUUAUUCAACGGGAACAGCUUGGGCGUAUUUUGCCAAUGUGCCUUCUAUUUUUACAAGCAAGUAAAGUCAAUUUUCAGUGAAGAGGAAAUAGAAGAUAAGUUGAUUGAAAUCAUGGAGAUUUAUGAUUCUUGGGUGUUGAACCAUAAACUCACAUUAUCGGAAUGUUUAAAAGCCUUAUUUGAGCUUGCAAAUCUAAAUAACAUUGUUGUAAGCGACAAUAAAAUGUCUGUGAAAAAUGCCAUGGGUGAUAUUGUUGAUUUCAGAAUGGAUAGGGAUGAUUUUAUAUGA